AUGUCAUAUUUAUUGCGCCCUGCUUCACGAAUUAUCUCGUCAAAUUCAUAUAGAUCCGUUUCGGCGCGAUGCUCAUUCCAAUCGCUCCCUAGACUAUGUGCUUCAGCAACUCGAAGCAGAGGAUACGCGAAAGAAAGUGGUGUGAAGGAAUAUACUGUUCGAGAGGCUUUGAAUGAAGCUUUAGCGGAAGAGUUAGAGCUAAAUCCCAAAGUUUUUGUUCUGGGCGAGGAGGUGGCACAGUACAAUGGUGCAUACAAAGUCACCAAAGGUCUACUGGACAGAUUCGGUGACAAAAGAGUAAUUGACAGUCCUAUCACAGAAUCAGGGUUUUGCGGCCUCACAAUUGGAGCUGCUCUGGCCGGUCUAGUUCCUGUCUGUGAAUUCAUGACCUUCAAUUUUGCCAUGCAAGCUAUCGAUCAAAUUGUAAACUCGGCUGCGAAGACUCACUAUAUGUCCGGCGGUAUUCAACCAUGCAACAUCACAUUUAGAGGACCAAACGGUUUUGCGGCCGGUGUCGCAGCCCAACAUUCACAAGACUACUCGGCAUGGUACGGCUCAAUUCCUGGGCUCAAAGUCGUAAGCCCAUGGUCGGCCGAGGAUGCGAAAGGUCUCUUAAAAGCGGCUAUACGUGACCCAAACCCUGUUUGUGUUCUCGAAAACGAACUCCUUUACGGCCAGUCCUUUCCAAUGAGUGAAGCUGCUCAGCAAGAUGACUUCGUUAUUCCGUUUGGAAAAGCCAAGAUUGAACGUGUAGGGAAAGACUUGACCAUUGUCAGCCUUUCUCGAUGUGUUGGACAAUCUAUGAUUGCAGCUGAAGCCUUGAGCAAAAAAUACGGCGUUGAGUGUGAAGUAAUCAAUCUACGCUCAAUUAAACCUCUUGACGUUGAAUCAAUCAUUAAUUCAGUAAAAAAAACACACCGACUCUUGGCCGUUGAAUCUGGAUUCCCAGCAUUUGGUGUUGGUGCCGAAAUUCUUGCACUAACGAUGGAAUACGGUUUCGACUAUUUGGAUGCACCAGCUCAAAGAAUAACUGGAGCCGAUGUACCUACUCCAUAUGCUCAGGGCUUGGAGGACCUAUCCUUCCCUAAUGAAACUCUAGUCGAAAAUUUCGCUAAAAAAUUACUGAAAAUAUAA